AUGGCUGUUGAAGACUCUGGAUACUUUGCUGGUGGUCCUGGAUCGCUUUAUGCCAGAAGCUACCGUGUCAGCUGUGAAGAUCCGCACAGCUCACUCCAGUGCUGGGCGUGGAACGGCGAGAUUACAGAUCCGCCCGUCGCGACGACCACCGCAUCGCAAUCUCACGCUUACGCAUUUCAACGAUCAGGAACACCCCAGUCUCCCGAAUCCGCCCAAGACAUCUUUUGCGCAAAAUGCCUAAAGAACCAACACCUCUACACAGCAUCCCUUGCGCAAUACCUGCCCGAUGAUCCCGACCACCCGGACUAUGCUGCGCUCGAGAAGAAAUACUACAAGUUCCGACAGGAUCUCGAGGACCGGUAUCCCCAGAUGUGCGCCGAUUGCGAACCAAAAGUCCUCGCUAAACUGAACGCCGCCGGGUACAUCGCCAAGACGGACUUUCUGCGCACGGCUAUGGAGCGGAGCAGAGCGAAUAGGACGUCGCCGAGGCGGAGGACGAUGAUGUUCCUGACCGAUUCCUUGGGCAGGUGGCUAUGGUAUGGCGCGUUCGCGUGCCAACUCCUGUGGCACCUCUCGGCUACGGCGGAUCUCCUGACGAGUGAUCUCCCCGCAGAGGCGCAGGGAAGAUAUUUGGUGCGAGCAUGGAACUUUACGAGCCGAUUUCUCCCGUCUACUGAAAGCCUGAUCCGUCUAUCCCUUCAAAUGACGGUGCUCGGAAUCUGGUGGAAUCCCAAGUUCCCCGAGAUCGUGAGGGGAUUCUCUAGGCCUAUCCUCGGAUUGCCUAAGUGGUAUGCUUUCCAGGCGAUUUUGGCCGUGGCAAGGUACUUGUUUCCCAAGAUUGUACAACUUGAUGUUGAGCGCGCCGAGCAGGCGACCGCCCAACUUGCCAUCCAUGCCUUUGUAGCAGGUCUGAUUUCCUAUGUCUACGUACUUGCUCGAAAGAGCGUAAGGCUAGAUACUACCCCCUUAUUUGCAUCGGCCGAAAUGACCACACUACGGCCAAAGAUUACUCGGACCAGGGCGAACAAGGAAAAGUCUUCUACGACGACACAAAACCUUUCGGACGUCCUUGACGACAUCCUUAACACCCCGAGUCGUGUAACCGGGAAGAUCACCGGACUCGACAGUCCGAGCAGCAACACCGAGCUCCCACCUUCGCCACAACUAAGCCCCUUCUCACCUCGUACGCCUCCCCGAAAGCCUACCCAGCCGACUUACUCCGAAGAAAUGGAUUGGACACCCACCAGCUUACCCGCGCCGGCGCUUCGAGGUCCUGGCAUCACCAAAGCCCAGCCCUUCGGCGCGCCCCCAAGCCAAGCAGAUAAACCACAAAGACCAUUCUGGGCCAAGGUCCCCCCAGCGCCCAAGGCCCCAGCCCAACGACUGGUUAACCCCGCCCCACCAGCCACGCAGACAAUCAAACAAGACAGGGAAAUUUUCACGGCGCGCUUCGGCGGGAGCAGCAUGUUCGGCAGUAAGAAAAAGUCGAGCAGCAGCGGCAACUACGUCAACUUUGCGCCGCCGUCCUUCUUUUCUUAUGAAAACGCCAGCGCGGACCCGCGGAGUUCCCUCGCGGAUAUGUUGAGUAGUAGUUUUACUCUCAGCCAAGAGGAGGAGGAUGCGGCGAAGGCGGGGUCCUCCCCGAACAGCGCGAGUCGGAAAAGUGGCGGGAAAGGUGCCCCCGCAUCCGGAGAUUCACCUCCUCGGCGAGGUUCGCGAGGGACCGAUGCGGCGUUCCUUGUGGUCCUCAUCGGACUUUGGCUAUUCGCUGCGCAAAACCCGAACGAGCAUAGUAUGCAGAUUAUGCGGGCCAGUGUCGGCAUGGGUGCCUUGCUUACCUUGCUCUUGUCGAAGGACGCCAUCCUCCGCCUUUCUGGGGGUGUGUCCUUUGGCAAUAUCGUGGGGCUGCUGCUCUGCAUCGCAGAGAUUGGCGCCGUGGGGCACCUCUCGCUGAAGCUGUGGACGAGUUCGGUACUAUGUGCGGGAUGCUUCGAGGAAGGGCUGUGGACUAUUGUCGUGAUGCUUGGUCAUCGCCUGUGGGAUGCGUUGGCGUGA